CAUAUGCCUUUCUGGACCAAGGGAGUUCAGCAUCCUUUUGUACAGUGGGUCUUAUGGACAAGCUGAAUGUUGCUGGGAGGAAGACAAGGAUUCUCCUGCGCACCAUGGGACAGGAGAAAGUGGUGGACAGUUUCAUUGUACCUGAACUUGAAGUUGCUGGAUUGGACAGUGACAUGUACUGUGAUAUGCCUGACCUCUUCACUCAGCAUAAAAUGCCUGUAGAUACUGGUAACAUCCCAAAUCAACAGGACCUGGAUGACUGGCCACAUUUGAAGCAUGUUCAUUUGCCAGAAAUUAAGGCCAAUGUGGAGCUUUUGAUUUGCAUGAAUAUGCCCAGAGCUCUAGAACCUUUGGAGGUCAUCCGGAGUGUAGGUGAUGGACCUUUUUCCAUUAGGACUGUGCUUGGCUGGACAGUGAAUGGGCCACUUUAUCGAGAAUGCUGUGGAAGGCCAGGAUGUUUGGCAACAGUUACUGCCAGCAGAGUUUCUGCUGUCACACUGGACAAGCUAUGGAAACAGCAGUUCAAGAUGGACUUUCCUGAGAGCAGCGAUGAUGAACAGAUGGGGCUGUCAAAGGAAGAUUUGAAGUUCCUGGAAUUGGCCAGCAAGACGGUGACUUUGAGGAAUGGGCACUGCAGCAUUGCCCUGCCACUGAAAGACCGAGACAUAAGAAUGCCUGACAACCGUGCAAUUGCUGAGCAACGAGCCUUAGGUUUGAAGAAAAGGUUCAUCAGAGAUAAAGACUUUCACAAAGACUACACUGCCUUCAUGACAGAUCUCAUAUCUAAAGGAUAUGCAAAGAGAAUUAGAGCGCAGUGAUGGGAAGCUUUGGUAUAUCCCUCACCAUGGGGUUUACCAUCCUACCAAGGGGAAGAUGCGGGUCGUCUUUGACUGUGCAUCAUCAUUCCAGGGUGUCUCUCUUAAUGCGCAGCUCCUGAGUGGUCCUGACUUAACAAACGGUUUGGUUGGCGUACUGACGAGGUUCAGAAAAGAGCCUAUUGUUUUGAUGUCUGACAUCGAGGCUAUGUUUCACCAGGUGCAUGUGCCAGAGGAAGAUGCUGACCUUUUGUCAAGAGAUUUAUUCUAAAUAACACUUCUUCAGCUUCGAAUCAGAGAGGAGAAGCACACACUGCAGUUAGUUACUUGCAAGCAAGGGCAGUCACAGCACUCGCACAGAAGUGAGGGCUCUGAGACUCACGCCCUGCCACUGCCCUGGUCUUUAUUUAUAUACAUCAGUGGGUACAUUUGUUCAUUACAUUGGGAUGUGGAUUUGUGUGUGUGUGUGUGUGUGUGCCCUCCUGCUGACCAAAGAGGGUCAUAAAAUAAUAAAAGCAGGAGCAACGUCCUUGGUCAUAAAGAGGGUACGUUUAUCCUAUCAUAAAACAAUAAAAGAAGCUAUGCCCUUUCCCA